CUGCGUGAUCUUUUAUAUUUAAACAUUAGAUCUGGAUCGAAAUUUAGUGUAACGCACCAACUGAUCUUGUCGCUUUAUUGGAUAUACUUUUGAGAUUCUUUCAUUCAAACAGCCGCACUUGGGCCACACAGAAGCGAUAACCUCCAAGAGGUCUUCUUGCCUACUUCUCGUCUUAUACCACCAUCCGAACAUCACCGCAUUAUAUCACGACUCAAAAAAUGUAUACCCUCACCAACAUCGACCAGCACCACUUCUCCGGCCCAGAAGACGUCUACGUGCUCGAGGCGCACCGCACAGCAGCCGGCCUCGCCACCGUCGCCUCGGACCAGACGCUCUCGCUGUUCAACCCAGCCCGCCUUGGAGCCGGGCCUGUUUCGAGCCUCAAGACGAGCCAUGGCAACGUGGCGGCGCUGCGGGUGUUUGAUGCGGGGAGUUCGUUGGUCUGUACGGCUGGUGAGAAUGGGUCUGUUGGGGUUUGGGAUUUGAGGCAGGGGGCGAGGGUUGCGCAGUUUCAGGCGGCCGAGGCAUCCAUCUUGUCAAUGGCAUGCAGCGCAAACACUCAAACAAUCGCCGUCGGCACAGAGCUGGAGAACCACGUCGCCUCAAUACACCUCUGGGACGUCCGCUCCACCCCCACGCCCAAAGCAACCUACUCCGAAGUCCACAGCGACGACGUGACCUCUCUCGGCUUCCACCCGUCCUCGCCCACGCUGCUCAUCUCCGGCUCGACCGACGGCCUCGUCAGCGUCCACGACACGACCAUUGCCGACGAGGACGAGCUGACGGUGCAGACGUUGAACCACAACGCCUCGAUCCACGACGCCGCGUUCCUGACGCCCACCGAGGUCUUUGCGCUGUCGCACGACGAGACGUUUGCGCUGUAUGACGUUUCCGAGGAACGCACGGAUGGGAGUGCGACGCGCCAUUUCGGGGACUUGAGGAAGGUGCUUGGGUGUCAGUAUGUGGCGAAUGUGACGACAAAGUUGGAUGGGAGCGGUGCCAUUCUGGGCGCGGGAGCGCAAGAUAAACAAAACUUUGAGCUCGUCUUCCUAGCCAAGACGCCGGAUAGCGCUUGGGCACUCGAUCACGAUAAUAGAGUUGUCCUACCUGGCGCACACGGCAGCGAGAUUGUGCGCUCGUUUUGCUUCUUUGACGAUGAGCAGGUUGUCUUUACGACGGGAGAGGACGGAAAUGUGAAGGCGUGGAGGGCAGGUUAACUCGCAAUACACGAAUGCUGAAUAGAUAUCAAAUGGCACAGAAGAGUUAAGCUUUCGUUUUUUUGGCACUUGUAAGAGGACUUUGGCAUUUUCUUCUAUCUUAAUAUGUAUAUAUAUAUAUACAAGCAGUGCUUUGUCUCAAUGGAGAACUUCGUUUUGUCCAAGAUUCAGGACACGCUG